GCGCCUAACCGCCUUGCGCCGGGGGUUGCUGCGGGCCGCUUCCCUUUCCCCGACUCCUGAGGUGGACGCGCUUUCCUAAUAAUCCGCAGUGAGGAAGCCCGGACAAGCGGUAGAUCUGCUGGGAAAUACGGGAGAGUAGAGAGCUGUCACUCCAGAAGCUGUCUGUUGAAGCAGUAUGUUAUUCUCGAUUGAGUAGGUUUUGCGUUAGUUGGCUGGAGCUACUCUGCCAGGGUUUAAAACUUUAAAUGGGAAUAAAGGGUAGUACUUACGAGGAAAUGAGAGUGAAUAAAUCAUCUCUAACCUCUUCUAGCCUUUUUUCCGUAAGAGAGACCAUAUUAAACUUACAUAUUUGAAGACUGCAUCAUCCUGCCUCCAGUACCAGUACCAGUAGUUCUCUGUUCUGUGGUCAAUGUGAUUCACAGAAACUUCUUCAGUAACAAACGAAAUGAGCCAGGGACGUGGAAAAUAUGACUUUUAUAUUGGUCUGGGAUUGGCUAUGAGCUCCAGCAUUUUCAUUGGAGGGAGUUUCAUUUUGAAAAAAAAAGGCCUUCUGCGACUUGCCAGAAAAGGCUCCAUGAGAGCAGGUCAAGGUGGCCAUGCAUAUCUUAAAGAAUGGUUGUGGUGGGCCGGACUGUUGUCAAUGGGAGCUGGGGAGGUGGCCAACUUUGCUGCUUAUGCGUUUGCACCAGCCACACUUGUGACUCCACUGGGAGCUCUCAGCGUCCUAGUAAGUGCCAUUCUUUCUUCAUACUUUCUAAAUGAAAGACUUAAUCUUCAUGGGAAAAUUGGAUGUUUGCUAAGUAUUCUAGGAUCUACAGUUAUGGUCAUUCAUGCUCCGAAAGAAGAGGAGAUUGAGACCUUAAAUGAAAUGUCUCACAAGCUAGGUGAUCCAGGUUUUGUGGUCUUUGCAACCCUUGUGGUCAUUGUGUCUUUGAUUUUAAUCUUCGUGGUGGGACCUCGCCAUGGACAGACAAACAUUCUUGUGUACAUAACAAUCUGCUCUGUAAUUGGAGCGUUUUCAGUCUCCUGUGUUAAGGGCCUGGGCAUUGCUAUCAAAGAGCUGUUUGCUGGAAAGCCUGUGGUGCGGCAUCCCCUGGCCUGGAUCCUGCUGCUGAGCCUCAUCAUCUGUGUGAGCACACAGAUUAAUUAUCUAAAUAGGGCCCUGGAUAUAUUCAACACCUCCAUCGUGACUCCAAUAUAUUACGUAUUCUUUACAACAUCAGUUUUAACUUGUUCAGCUAUUCUUUUUAAGGAGUGGCAAGAUAUGCCUGUUGACGAUGUCAUUGGUACUCUGAGUGGCUUCUUGACAAUCAUUGUGGGGAUAUUCUUAUUGCAUGCCUUUAAAGACGUCAGCUUUAGUCUAGCAAGUCUGCCUGUGUCUUUUCGAAAAGAUGAAAAAGCAGUGAAUGGCAGUCUCUCUGGUAUGUAUGAAGUUCUUAAUAAUAAUGAAGAAAGCUUAACCUGUGGAAUUGAACAACACACUGGUGAAAAUAUCUCCCGAAGAAAUGGAAACCUGACAACUUUUUAAGAAAGACGUAAUUAAAUGGUUAGUCUCUGAUUUUGGUACAAAGCGAAUUUGAAUAUCAGAAUGUGUCUAAAAAAGCACUGUCCUCAAAUAAUGUUCUCUAAAGACAAUCUUUUCUAAAGUUUCACUAAUUUGGACCAAGAAAUUACUUUUCUUAUAUUUAAACAGUGGUAACUUACAAUUUGACCUCAUUAUAUGGCCAGUUUCUACUAACACUGUCUUAUUGUGGAGGUACUUUACAUUUUGAUUCCUUCUCCAAAAUCCAAAUGCACUGACAGUUUUAAGUCUAUAAAAAAUGCUUUAUUUUUUCAUUGGUGAUGAAAGUCUGAAAUACACAUUUGUCAUCCCUACUUCAUCAAUCCGUGAUCAUAUAAGGCUUUUCGAUUUUAAAAAAGAUCAAAAUUAUCUGAGUAUGUUAUCCUGUGAUUUAUUUACCUUUCCUAUAAAAAUGACUCCUGUUUGAUGAAUUAUUUUAAUUUUGAAAUGUUAGUUUAAAGGAAUCCUAAAUUAUUAUAUGAGAGAAACUCAUAGAUCAAAAAAGGGUAGGAAAUCACACCAAGGAAAUAUUUCUCAGGCUGAAAUUUGUCACCAUGAAUCUGGUCUGCGUGCAUAUGGCGGCCAUCUGAGACAGCACCUUGCUGAGUCAGCGCAUCCUGCAUCUGCAGGGCCACUUUGCACCCUGGCUGGGUUUUGCUUUAGUUACUCUAAUCCCAUGAUGCCUGGAACCUUGAUUACCAUUUUACAUCAGUCCUUGUACUUUUCACUAUAUUUUCAUGAGUUAAAUUGUCAUUUAGACCUUUUAACAACUCUGGGAAGUAAAAUCAGAAGACAGGUUAUUUCUUAAAUUUAGCUCACGUUAUAAUAAAAAGACAAGUUGAAACAAA